AGAGACAGGAAUAUGAUGAUUCAAGCGAUGCUGAGAGAAUAUCAGAGUGGAGAAGACAGGAAGGUAUUGGAUGGUGUUGCUGUUGGGACUAUGUGACAAGACGAAUGAAAGGAUGAUUGAGACUGUGAAGGAGUUUCUGGAGAAAAUGUGGUGUGCUAGAUAUAGGAAUUAGUGGUGUGAAAUAUGGUGUCUGUUUUCUGUUUGCCGUUUUUCUUUCUUUCCCACAGGAGUUGGCGAUAAAAAGGCCAGAAUCAGGAGUAAGCCCAAGCCACCUGUAGCAUCAAGAUCAAGAUCAACGGGCCGCUGCCAUGGCGACGGAAUACAAACAAAUAUCAGUGAGGACUGCACGGAGAUGCUUCGUGCAUUGGGCUUCAGGCGUCUCAUCUCUGUAGAGAAUUUUCGUUCUCCAAAUUUUCCACUAGUGGCUGAGAUCCUGGCUUGGCUGGUGCACAGAUUCGAUCCCAAGGCUGAUCUUCCAACAGAUAUUGAUACAGAGCAAGACAGAGUUAUUUUCAUCAGAUCUGUUGCUCAGUUUAUGGCAGCAAAAGCUCACGUCCGCCUUAACACAAAACGACUGUAUCAAAGUGAUGGCUAUGCAGUACAGGAAAUUCUUAAGGGCCUCAGCAUUUUGUAUGCUGCCAUUCAGAACAGUGAUGGCCAAAACAUAUAUGAGGAACACUCAGAAACUACACUCAACUUUGAUGUCUCCAACAAGAUUUCAGAACUGAAGCAUAUUCGAUCCCUGGCAUCAGAGAUUACAAGCCGAGGUGCCACACUUUAUGACUUGCUACGGAGGGAAGUCGAUUUGAGGGAGACACGUACAACCAUCAUUAACAGGCAGCUGGAGUUGACAGAAGUUGAGUUAGGGAUGCGGGAGGCCAUACAAGCAUGUGACGAUGAGGUGAAGCGCAACCAGGUAUCCAUUGAGAAUGUAGACUCUGACCAAGCCAGCCUACAGGCCAAGAUUGAGAAAAAGAAGACAGGACUUGAUCGAGGACAGAAACGACUACUCACUUUGAAGAAAGUCAGGCCAGCAUUCAUGGAUGAAUAUGAGAAACUGGAGCAAGACCUUAGGCGACAGUAUGAGUCCUUUGUGCAGAAGUUCAUCAGCCUUUCGUAUUUAGAGAACCAACUUGAUGACUAUGACCGCCAUGAGCAGGAAAAGAUGGCUGAAAGAGAGUCAGCCACAAUGAGAAUGUUGGAAAGACUGAGGACGGAGGAGAACAGGUUGGGUAGUGCUGCAGAGGAUUCUGAUGACUCUGAGGAUGAUGAUGAUGAUGAAGAUGAUGAUGAUGACGAUGAUGAGGAACUGCUAAAAGACAUGAAGGACAAGAUAGUAGAAAAGCAAGGCAAAAAGAGUGCUGGGAAAGGAGAUAGGCGCGUCUUCGGUAACAUGACCGGAGGUGAUCUAGACUCAGAAUCUCUUGACUCUGACACUGACCUUAACCUGGAUGGGGUUGGUGAUUCUGACCUGGAUGCUGCUGACCUGGAUUUAGGUGGAGUUCAGGAGGCUGGAGGGACAGGGCCUGCUGGUGGAGGUCUAGGGGCAGCUGGUGGGACUCUAGGAGCUUCAGGAGCAGCUCCUGGAGGAAGUAUGACAGUGGCCAUGGCUAAUGGGGGUACCAAACUGAAGGGAUCAAGAAUGAGGGCAGCUGCUGCACCUCCUCCUGAUGAUGAUGAUGACUUCUAGUAAUGGAAAGGAUGAAAGAAAAAAAAAUAAGGAUAGCUGAUGAUAAAGUAAUUGCCUCACCUGCCAGCCUCCAGCUUUCUUAGGCUUGUAAUAGAUGCAUCAAGAGUUCCAAACACACACACACAAAUAAUAUGACAGAUAAAUGCAUAAUUAAGUGAAUAGAUUGGAAAUGUAGUGUGAUCCCAUGUUAUGUUCUCAUUUGUUCAUCAGAAUUGAUUACAUUUAAAUUAAUUAAACAUCAUGCUACAUUCUUACAUCAGUCUCCUAAUGUGGAUGAGUGUAAGCCCUCUGAACUCAUGUACAUUUCUAUGGUGAAAGCAUGUCCAGAAGAAACAUAUCUUCUAGCAAGGGUAAAGGAACAUAACAUUGAUAAAAAUUUAUUUAGCCAAUUAAAUGGUACUCAUAUAACUUUUUAGCCAAGCAAUUAGUGUUGUUCUCACAGCCUGUAAGUAUGAAUUUGAUCCAAGUUUAAACAUUAGGAUCAACUCUUUACUGAUUAAUUUAUGAUGGUUUUGUAGCAUGUGCACACAAUUACACUACAUGCACCUACAUGCACAAAUUUCACAUGUUUUUUUUUGCACAUCCCAUUUUCUUUUACACACCAUACUCCUUCAACACAUACUCUUAUAUAUAAUUUUCUCUCCAUUAUACAUCCAUACAUUCUUCACCACACAACACAUACUCGUACACAAUCACAUUAACAUCUUAUUACAAUUAAUAUUUACUUGUAUAUGUCUGUUGUUUUCCUCACAGUGUAUAUUUUCAAAUGCAUUAUUAUAUAAGGUUUUGUGAUGUUUAUUUUUAAAUGUUAAUACAGGGGAACCUCAACUUAUGAGUUUAAUUCAUUCUGUGACGGAGUGCGUACUUCAAUUUUCUCAUACAUCAAAUCAGUUUUCCCCACUGAAAUUAACUGAAAUGCCAUUAAUCCAUUCCAGCCCCCCAAAGACAUCCCAAUUAUUUUUGUUAUAUGUUUUAGAUAAGAAAAAGAUAUUUAUAAAUAACAAAUAUUGUAUAAAAACAUGAUAAAACAUCACAAAAAGGAAUGUAAAGAAAUAAACUUGUUUUAUAAA